AUGAUGGUUCUGAAAAUAGAUAAACUUAAAUUAAUACCAACUACGAUUAAAAAUGUGGAGUUUCGACAUCUAUCAACAGUUGUUUCUGCUGAUAAGAACAAUGAGAAGAACGCAAUUGAUGAAUUACAAAAUCUUUCUCCAAAUGAAAUCACGUCGAAACAAGCAGAAAAAUUUAUUCAAGAAAUUUAUCAUCGACGAACAACAUUCAAUGAUAAUGAUAUGCGAAAGUCUAUUUGUGGAUCACUUAAACAUCUUGGUUCUGAUCUUUAUACUUCACCUGUACAUUUUUUACAUGAACUUAUUCAGAAUGCUAAAGAUAAUUUUUACGAUACUUCAAUUAUACCAUGUUUACGUAUUGAACUUAAUCAUAGCUAUAUACUUUUAUCAAAUAAUGAACAAGGUCUUCGAGCAAGAGACGUAUUAGCUAUUUGUAGUUUAGCUGUGAGUACCAAAACAAUUGAACAGGACCAUAUAGGUGAAAAAGGUGUUGGUUUUAACUCAGUUUUUGGUGCUUCAAAUGAACCGAUGCUUAUUUCACAUGCUUGGAAACUUUGUUUUCAUGUACCAGGUCUUGAUGCUAUGUCAUAUAUAACUCCAUUAUGGAUAACAGAUAAGGACCUUCCUGAGUGUAUUUCUAAACAAAUUUCAACAUAUCCUCAAUAUACUCAUCUAUAUCUGCCGUUAAAAUUUCAAGCACAUACACCUGAAGCUAAUUCAUUUCUUGAUCAAGUUAUCAAAGCUGUAGAUCCAUGCAUUUUACUUAAUAUGCAAAUUUAUCAUCGACCAACAACAUUCAAUGAUAAUGAUAUGCGAAAGUCUAUUUGUGGAUCACUUAAACAUCUUCGUUCUGAUCUUUAUACUUCACCUGUACAUUUUUUACAUGAACUUAUUCAGCAUGCUGAAGAUAAUUUUUACGAUACUUCAAUUAUACCAUGUUUACGUAUUGAACUUAAUCAUAGCUAUUUACUUUUAUCCAAUAAUGAACAAGGUCUUCGAGCAAGAGAUGUAUUAGCUAUUUGUAGUUUAGCUGUGAGUACCAAAACAAUUGAACAGGACCAUAUAGGUGAAAAAGGUGUUGAUUUUAAAUCAGUUUUUGGUGCUUCAAAUGAACCGAUGCUUAUUUCACAUACUUGGAAACUUUGUUUUCAUGUACCAGGUCUUGAUGCCAUGUCAUAUAUAACUCCAUUAUGGAUAACAGAUAAGGACCUUCUUGAGUCACAUACAGCUGAAGCUAAUUCAUUUCUUGAUCAAGUUAUCAAAGCUGUAGAUCCAUGCAUUUUACUUAAUAUGCGUCAAUUGAAAAAACUCGAAAUUGUUGACGAAAGACAAAAGAAAGUAACAAUUAUUGAAAAACAAAUUAUAGGUCCAACUAAAUUAGAAGAACAAUCGAGUGUUAUAUUUGAAGAUUUUACAUUUCUUAAUCUUUCUGGAUCUGCCAUUCGAUUGCAUACAUCAACAGGAUAUAGCACUUUCCGAGUAUACAUGUGUUAUAUUAAUGUAGCAAACUACAUUGAACAAGAACGACCUCCUAAAACACGAAUAACUAUAGGAUUCCCUUGUGAAAAAGAUUAUGAAUUGGCCCGUACAGUUUAUCAAGGUUUACCUGUUUGUGAUCUUGGUUUUAAUUUUUUAUGCAAUGCUGAUUUUCAAUUAGUUACAAAUCGAGAGAAUGUUCGAGAAAACGUUCCGUUCAAUACAUUCAUUCGUACUCAUCUGUCAGCACUUUUUGUCUAUCUUUUAUUAAAUGAUAUAGACCUAAGAAAAGAUUUUAAUCGUUAUUGUCCAUUAUUCAAUAUAUAUCAAGGAAAACAUUCAUCAUGGUGGCUUCUUAUGAUUGAUUAUAUCAAGAAAUUCAUAAACAAAUAUCUUCCAUUAUUAUUGGAUAUUCCAACAGGUAGGCACUGA